CGUACUCGUACACUACUAUCUAUCUAUAUAGCCAAUGAACCAACCGUUCGCAUAAAAUAGGUACCUAAUAGUGCCUACUUAGCUUUACGCUGCUUUUCGUGUGAUUCAUAAAUUUAUCGAAGCCAUAGCCGCUAAUUAAUUAUUUGUUCUAGUUUGUCUAUCCAUGUGACGUUAUCAAAAGUUAUUUUAUUCGAAUCCACAUACAGUAAGGUUUGCUGAUUGUUGGAGGAAAAAAGGAUGGAGAAUUUGAGCGGGAGCGGAAGUCAAUCGAGUUCCGUUAGUGAGCUCGAAAAAGAUUUUAAUGAAAUAUUGCAAAACAGAAAAGACCACCGUAGUAUAGUUCUUCGAACGUCAGCUUCUCGAAAAGCAAAACGAGUAAGGUUUUUUCGGAACGGUGACAAGUUCUACUCGGGAGUUAUAAUUCCAGUCUUGCCUGAAAGAUACAGGUCUUUUGAUAGUUUAAUAGCAGAUUUAACAAGAGUAUUAGUGGACAAUGUGACAUUGCCCAGUGGUGUCCGGACAAUAUAUGCUUUAGAUGGUAAAAAAAUAGGAAAACUUGAUGACCUUGAAGAUGGCCAAUCCUAUGUGUGCAGUGGAUUUGGAGAACCAUUUAAACGAUUGGACUAUGAAGCCAAUGCUGUGACUCCACAGUCGUUCAGAUUAAGUGGGCCCAAAUCACCUAGUGACAGUCCAAGUCUGAAAGCUAUCAACAGAAGCUAUUCCCGAUGUAUCCAGGCAAACGGCGCGCUAGCAGCCAGCAACGGGACCGCGCGGAUCAGUCCGGUUCCUUCGGAAACCUUGAUUCGAUCACGUAUCGUAACCAUCAUAAGGAACGGAGUAAAGCCACGCAAGGUAUGCAGACUGUUGCUGAACAAGCGCAACAGCCCGACACUAGAGCAGGCGUUGGCCUCCAUCACCGACUGCGUCAAACUGGACACGGGGUGCGUUCGGAAAGUGUUUACGCAGUCCGGAACUCCCGUCACCGCAUUGCACCAGUUUUUUCAAGGCGAAGACGUGUUUUUUGCGUACGGAAAUGAAAGGGUAAAUCAGGAAGACUUUGAACUCGAAUUUGAAGAAAGUAAAGCUGUGCUACAAUGCAGAAAGACACCCAUUACCAGAACUACAAGGAGAGGCACGCCACCGCGCAUGCCAAAGAAGGCCGGUGGGGCGAGCUGCAAAGCGGAGACGGGCGAAACGCCCGACGAUGCGCCCAUCUCCAUCGACCUGUCGCUUAUGCCGCAGCCUCUAAGGCUCAAGUACAACAUCGGGGACAUCAUAGGCGAAGGCAAUUUCGCAGUGGUGCGCAUUUGCAAUAACAAAACGACUGGCCAAAAGUAUGCUCUGAAAGUAAUAGACAAGCUAAAAUGCAAGGGCAAAGAGCAUUAUGUAGCAGCAGAGGUCCGAGUGAUGCGAAAGCUGUGUCACCCGCGUAUCGUCACACUGUAUGACGAGUUCCACACGCCGGAAUGGCUUUUCCUCGUACUGGAGCUUGUUAGCGGUGGCGACUUAUUUGACAACAUCACCGCCUCCGGUGUGUUCUCGGAAGCGCAGGCCCGCUUGCUGAUCAGCCACCUAACAUCCGCCAUAGCGUACAUACAUUCGCUCUCCAUCGUACAUCGCGACAUUAAACCUGAAAACCUAUUGGUGGAGAUAGCCCCAGACGGCACCAUACGAGGCUUAAAGCUUGCAGACUUUGGUCUAGCCGUCGAGGUCAUGGGGCCACUGCGCGCCAUCUGCGGGACCCCCACAUACGUCGCACCUGAGAUCCUCUUGCAAACUGGCUACGGCUUAAAGAUCGACGUAUGGGCGGCGGGCGUGAUCCUAUACAUCCUGUUGUGCGGCUUCCCUCCGUUCUCGUCCCCCAACGGCGACCAGGAGCGGCUGUUCGACGCGAUCCUGUCCGGGCGGCUGGAGUUCCCCGCGCUGCCGUGGAGGCACGUGUCGGCCGGCGCCAUCGACCUGGUGGCCAACAUGCUGCGCCCGCAGCCGGAGCUGCGCUUCGCGGCCGAGGACGUACUCGACCACGCGUGGAUGUCGGAGGACUACGACGGGAACUGCGACUCGGGGCUGUGGCAGGACGUGGACUCGUCAUAGCGCGGCGCCGGCGCCGCACCGCGCGCGCGCGCCCCUCGCUCCCUGUAGCUGUAGUGCAGUCCCGGCCUCCGAGCCUCACGGCGAUCAUAACGUAAAUGUCAAACGGCAAAAUACUUACCGCCUUACAAUUCAACUUGUAA